AUGCAGCUGGGUCUAACUUCUGGAACUCUCGCCAUAACACUGCGGGAGAACCUUCGCAGGCAGCAGUGGUUCGAGAAGGUGGCUCACCACCUUCAAACGGGCAGUGGACCUGAACAAAGUCGGCGUGGAACAAGAGGAGAGAGGGAGCCCGGAAAGCGAGUGUUGUUUGGAAAUGAGAUGAAGAAAGUGGAUGAAGGCUACUAUAAGGCCCAGAAACUUCUGUUAACAAAGGCUGAUCACAAAACAAUACGUGACAAGGUUGAGAAAAGAGUGGCAGAGGAGAGAAAAUAUUCCGAAGAGCUUUCUAUUCACCCUCCUGAGUUCGUGGUCGGACUGAGACCACACACGGUGUGGGAGAAGAUGAAUGUCACACUUUCCUGCAUCAUCCAAGGAGCUCCUUCUCCUCAGGUCCAAUGGUACAAGGAUGGAAUUCUGAUUAAACCAGAAGAUGUUCCUGGAAAGUACACAAUUGAGAACAAAAUUGGUUUACAAACACUUGAGAUCAGUAGAUGCAGCCCAAAGGAUUCAGGCGAGUAUUCCGUAUUAGCCACAAAUGCCCAUGGAGAGGCAUCGUCAUAUGCUACAGUUCUUGUGAACACCCGUCCGAUUGUGCCGGAUAUUGACAUCAUUGAUGGGUUUGAAGCUUCUUUCGGUAAAGAGGGUGGAUCUCUAACCCUGAGCUGCAUCUUUUCAUCAGCCUUGACAGGACGCCUGGGAGAGAUCUGCUGGCUUCGGGAUGGUAUUCCGCUGAAGGAGUCCAAUUCAGUGAAGAUUAAGAGCUCUGACAACUCCACCAAACUAACCCUCACUCACAUCCAUAAGGAGGAUGAGGGUCUCUAUACCAUGAGCCUCCUCACACAGACAGGUUAUAAGGAACAUAGUGGAUAUGUGCUUGUUAGAGAUGCUCCAGCUGCAGAACCAGGAGCAGCUGGAUCUCCACUGGAUGUGGAAUGUCAGGAUGUUAACAAGGAUUAUGUGCUUAUUACCUGGAAGCCACCGAGUGCGGACGGAGGGAGUCCGGUGAUUGGUUAUGUCAUCGACAGGAAGGAGAUUGGGAGUGACGAAUGGGUCCAUUGCAAUGACACCCCCGAGAAAAUGUGCAAGUUUCCAGUCCUGGGUCUCACUGAAAACCGAACAUACCAAUUCCGUGUCAGGGCCAUCAACAGUGCAGGGAUUGGCAGGUCGUCACGUGUGUCUGAACCAGUGACCACAGUCGAUGCUCUGGCUGCAAACAGGAUAAUGUAUAUCCAGACAGACAGAGGUGAGAUAGUGAUCACGAAGGAUGAGCUUGAAGGAGAUAUCUUCAUCCCACUGCCUCCAACUAAUCUCCGGGUUACCGAAAUCGGACAAACGUAUGCAGCGCUUUGCUGGAAUGAACCAGUCCCUCGAGGCAGAGAACUUCUGACCUACUACGUGGAAAAGUCUGUGGCUGGAAGUAAUAGUUGGCAACGAGCAAACCUGGACAUUACUGUGAACUGCCCAAGAUUUGCAGUCACUGGCUUGGACAGAAGGAAGUUAUACUGCUUCAGAGUGCGUGCUGUCAAUAAAUAUGGGAUCAGUGAGCCGUCCCAACCUUCUGAAGCCAUUCAGUUUGGACAAACACCAGCUCCCCCAGCUCCACCACACGACAUCGUACCUGUCCGAGACACGAGGACAUCGGUGAUGGUCCUGUGGAAAGGGCCGGAAGAUGAAAAUGAACUCGUUGGUUUCUAUGUUUAUGCUUGUCAAGUUGGGACAAACAACUGGGAGAUCUGUAAUAACAAGCCUGUGAAUUCAAAGAGUUUUAAAGUACAUGGUCUCACCCCUGGGAAGGAAUAUGUUUUCCGUGUGAAAUCUGUUAACCCAGCGGGACUCAGUGACUAUUCUGUUGAAUCAACACCAAUCAUUGUCAACAAUUCCAUCUUUCUUCCAUCUGCUCCUUAUGGCCUGACACAGCUGAGCUCUGGAAAGACUGAAAUGGUUAUUUCCUGGAAGAAACCCAAGUUCCCGAUUGAAGCCGAUGUUUUGGGAUAUUUCCUGGAUUGCUGUAAUGCAGCGGUUGCUGAGUGGCAUGAAGUUAAUAUCAAACCCAUAAAGACCAGGGUCUACAAGAUCGAGAACUUAACAGAAGGUUGUUACUAUGAGUUCCGUGCCUUUGCCAUGAACUGGGCUGGUGUUGGACGACCAUCGGCAGUCAGCGAUCAAUUUAAAUGUGAGCAGUGGACCAUGCCACAGCCUGGGCCACCGUUCGACGUGGCGUUCACUGAGGUUCGCAGCACCUCUCUCUUACUUCAGUGGCAGCCUCCACUCUACAUGGGGAAGGACUGCGUCACGGGCUAUCUCCUUGAGAUGUGUGAGACAGAUGGAGGAGAGUGGACAGCCCUAAGUGAAAAGCCAACACCUAGCACACACAUGCGGGUUUCUGACCUGAAAGAAGGGAAAACCUACAUUUUCCGUGUGUCUGCACUGAACUCUGCGGGAGCUGGUGCACCUUCAUUGCCAUCUGACCCUGUCUGUGCAGAAACCAGACCAGGUACCACAGAGCUGGAGACCGGUGUGGAUGAAGAUGGGAAUGUGUUUCUGGUUUUCCAGAGCCCUGAAGUUGCUGAUGCAUCAAAGUUCAUUUGGUCCAAAGAUUACCAGGAAAUUGACACUCCUGAGAGAGUCCGGAUCGAAACGACAGAAGACAGAUCUAAACUCAUCCUGCUCGACCCGGCAGAACAGGACUUGGGAACAUACUCUGUGGUGGUAACUGGUACUGAUGGGGUUUCCUCCAGUUAUACUUUAACUGCUGAAGAGCUGCAAAAGCUGAAGGAACUAAGCCACCAAAAAAGAUACCCAUUAAUUAAAGUGAAGUCUGACUGGGCCGUUGAACCUCUUGAGAAGGGAACCGUUCGGCUUUGGCUGCAGGUUGAGAGUUUGUCUCCAGCCGCACAGUUACGAUUCAUCUUCAAUGAGAAGGAAGUUUCAAGCACUCCGACUCACAAAAUCAACUUUGAUAAAGCCAAAGGACUUGUAGAAAUGAUCAUUCAAAACUUCACUGAAGAAGACCAAGGCUCCUACACUGCCCAGCUACAGGAUGGGAAAGCCAAAGGCCAGUUCACGUUGGUGCUGAUUGAUGACAAGUUCCGAGGCAUUUUAUCACAGUGUGAUUUCCAAAGGUAUGAGUGGAAGAGAAAACAAGGGCCUUACUUUGAGAAAUACUUGGAGUGGGAGGUGACAGAAGACUGUAACGUCAUCCUCACCUGCAAGGUGACAAACACAAAGACCCAGACCAACAUUACAUGGAGCAAAGAUGGGAAGCAAAUCACAGAUGGCACGUACGAUCCAAGGACGGGCAUCAGUUCCCUCUCAAUUUCACAGACCACCGAAAAAGACAAAGGAGUUUACAAAGUGACAGUAGCUGAUGACAGAGGAGAGGAUUCAAGUGUUCUGGAGAUGCGUAAUCAAGUGUUUGACGACAUUCUCCAGGAAAUCUGCAGAAUUGGUGGUACUUCAGCUUCGGAAUUGAAAGUACAACCAACUGCUGAGGGAAUAAAGCUUUAUUCCUCACUGAAGUACAACAUGGACUACAUGAAAAAAUCGUGGUACUUAAACAAUAAAAGCCUGGAGUCGCAAGACAGGAGAAGGAUUGGAUCUGAUAAUCAUCAGGUUUGGCUGGAGAUCUUCAAUCCAACUGAAAUAGACAAGGGUAAAUACACCCUGGAGUUGUUUGAUGGGAAACAGAAACACAGCCGAGAGAUCAAUUUAUCCCAGAAAGCUUUUGAUGAAGCUAUUACUGAAUACCAAAGACUGAAACAAGCAGCAUUUGCAGAGAAAAACAGAGCUAAAGUGUCCAAGGGUCUACCUGAUGUUGUUAAUGUUAUGGAGAACAAGACCCUGUACUUGUCUUGUACCAUUUCUGGAGAUCCCAUUCCAGAGGUAUUCUGGCUGAAAAACGACAAAGAAGUGGUGGCCAGUGAACACUGUCAGAUCACCGUUGAAAAGACCACUGUGACUUUCAUUAUCCAGCAGGUCACCUCACAAGACUCUGGAAGAUACAGUCUGUUGGUUAGGAAUAAAUAUGGUUCUGAAACAGCUGCUAUCACAGUCGGUGUGUACAAAUGUGGUGAAGAGGCAAAGAAGGAAUAA